AUGAAGGAGCCGUACGAGGAUAGACUACAGCGUGCUAAGAAUAAGCUCAAUCAGGAGCGGGCAAGACGCAAGAACCGAGAAGCGGUGCGCGAUGAUGCCAGCUAUUCCAGCGAACGAAGCAAAUCAUCGAGGACCAGCUUUGCUAGCGAGUUCAGUCGCAGCUCUUCCAAGUUCAUGGAAAAAAGCAAGGUUCCAAGGUCUGAAUGGAGAAACAAAGCAAGAGCUGUUAUUGAAAGAGGAAAGAAUCUAAAAGAUCAAGAGUUAGAAUUGCUUCGUGAUGCUCACAACUCGGGAAGCGGUCGCACCCCUCAGGAGCGUGAGGCGCAGAUCGAUUCUCUCGUUGAACGCAAUGCUUGUCUUAACGAAAGGGAGCGCAUGCUAAAGGUAGAAAGUGAACUGCUUGAUGCGGCAGAAGCGGCAGCAAAGGCAGACGAUUUGGAACGGGCAGAAUCAUACCUCGGCAAGGACAUUGAAGACCACGACAAUGAUACCGAAGAAGACGAAUCGUUGCACUCGGAUUCUCGUGUCACCGCCUCUCGCACAGCAGACAAUAGAGCCAAAAGAAUCCGGGAAAACGAAGCCGAUGAUCUUAAUCGUUCGUUUCAGGCCGCAAAAUCUGUGUGGCUCGGGAGGUGCAAAACGGAUUCCAAGCCCGCGACAGAGCACCCCACUCCAGUGAAGACAAACUCCUUCCACAGGCCAGCAACAGCCGAAAAGAGCCAUGCAUCCAAAAACAAAGACAAACGCACUGCCAAAGAUGGCAAAGAAAGGAUCACACUGGAAAAUCUGAUUCUCAUUAGCGACAUUGGGAAUGUGGACAAAAAGAUGAAUAACAACACUCCUGAAUCACCAGCUUCGGUCAAGUCCGGUAAAUCAACAAGAUCUGCCAGAUCAACGAAAUCAGCCAAACCAGAGCGCGUGAGUAACAGUAGAGGAAAACCCGUUGGUCACAAGGUUGUUGUGUAUCCCGAUUCACCAGAUUCCGCAGCCAAGUCGGAACAAAACUUUGGUGAUAAUGGGAAAGUAACGAAGCAUAAGGUUGUCGCCCACCCUUCUUCACCAGAAUCUCCGCCUGCCAGAGGCAUUAAGACAAAGCACAGUGUUGUAGCGUAUCCAUCAUCACCGGAAUCAGUCGGCUCGGAUUACAAAGCCAGGGCCAAAGAAACCAAUAGCUUGUGGAGCAAGUCCUUCAGGGAAGACGAAACUCGAGAUGAAAACGAGAACGCAGGCAUCAAACGAAACGAUAGGCGGAACAGCCACAGUAGCCAUCGUCAGAAAUUGGUUGAUCCCCUUGCAUCCUUCGAGAGAGACCGCGAAGAGGAAGAACCAACACCCAAGAAAUCGUACCGUGUUCAGUCAGCAUCUGUCUCUGUGUCGAGUCAGAUUAGCAAGUUUUCUUCCCAACGCAAUUCAAGCAGCAACUGCAAGGAAAAAGCUGAAAACGAAGAGAACGGGAAGAACCAUUCCUAUCGUGUCCAUUCUUCCUCUGCCUCUGUGUCUAGUCAAAGGAGCAAGUAUGCAUCGCACCGAAAUCACGAUGAUCAUGGCUCGUCUGCUUCUGUGGCAAGUCAAAGGAGCAAGCAUUCUUCCCACCAAGACCGCGAAGAGCACGGUCCGUCUUCGUCGGCCACGAUAUCGAGCCAAAGAAGCAAAUAUUCUUCAGAUCGUGGUCCGACAACCUCCUGUGCCUCCGUCUCGAGUAAAAACAGCAAGUACUCUGCAGGCAACAACAAACACGAAGAUCGUGGUCCAUCAUCCUCCACUUCGGUCGCAAGUCGUCGAAGCAAGCAUUCUCAUCGAGAUGAUGCCCAAGAAGACGACGAGGAAGAUAUUGCACGUUCGUCCAGAUCUGUAACAAGUCAAAGAAGCAAAUACUCAUCACGGCAUGAUACUGCAUCUCAUCUGGAUGAUGAAGAUGAAAUUGCUCCUUCCUCCAGAUCUGUGACGAGUCAAAGAAGCAAACACUCUUCCCACCAUGAUUCUUCCUCUGGUCGAGAUGAUGAAGAAAGAAUGGCUCCUUCCUCCAGAUCGGUUAGAAGUCAAAGAAGCAAGCACUCUUCUUCCUCUCAUCAGGAUGAUGAAGAAAGAAUUGCUCCUUCCUCCAGAUCAGUUACAAGUCAAAGAAGCAAGCACUCUUCUUCCUCUCAUCAGGAUGAUGAAGAAAGAACUGCUCCUUCCUCCAGGUCAGUGACAAGCCAAAGAAGCAAAUACUCUUCCCACCAUGAUUCUUCCAAUGAUCGAGAUGAUGGAGACGAAAUCGCUCCUUCCUCCAGAUCAGUUACAAGCCAAAGAAGCAAAUACUCUUCCCACCAUGAUUCUUCCUAUCAUCGAGACGAUGAAGACGAAAUCGCUCCUUCCUCCAGAUCAGUGACAAGCCAAAGAAGCAAAUACUCUUCCCACCAUGAUUCUUCCUCUCGCCGAGAUAAUGAAGACGAAAUUGCUCCUUCUUCCAGAUCAGUGACAAGCCAAAGAAGCAAAUACUCUUCCCACCGUAAUUCUUCCAAUGCAUCAGUCUCGAGCCAGCGAAGCAAACGCUCUUCACGCCGUAGCAACCGCGAUGAUCGCGUUCCAUCCUCCGGUGCAUCCGUCUCUAGCCACAGGAGCAGACGAUCUCGUUGUUCCCGCCAUCAUGAAGAAGUCCUUGAGGAUCCAGAUGAUCACGAAGAUGAAUUCGAUGAUUGCAUGCCGCCUUCGGAAUUGACGAUACCUUUGAUCAUUGCAGAUCUGGAAAACACUGAAAACCAACCUCCAAGGAAACGAGAGCUGUCUUAUCGCGAAAAGAGUGCCAUGUUGGCCUCCAUGGAAAACAACCCGGUAGAGGCUGUAGAAAGUGGAAUCGACGAGGAACCGUCCCUGGUAGCGGGACGAAACGUUUUCCACCAGCUUGGUCAAAAAGCAAAGAAUCACAAGCGCCUUCAGAGCCCUUACCUGUCUAGUAAUAAAAAGUUCGGUGCUGAAACCCAAUCACAGCCGGCUGCUGUUGGCUUGAAGGAGCAAAAGAAUCUCUACAACAAUGCAAAGUCAGAAAGAAAGUUUGGCACCUCUGCCAACAACACACAAGUCCAUCAGGAGUCCGAGAGCUUCAAACUCAACAACCUAGCGAACGAAAACAAGGAAUUGCGGGCCCGCCUAGAGAAAGAACGUACACGUCGAUCCGAGUUGGACGACAAGACAACAAACCUUCAACUCGAAGUACACAAGAAAGGACAAGAAAUCUCUCAACUCAAGAUGAAAAAGGAUGUAUCAGCCACCCAUAAAGAGCAGCUUUACAAGAUGGAAGAUGCUCUGCAUGAAACCAACCGUCAUUUGGUCGUGGUGGUGGAUGAAAAUGUCAAGCUCCGCGAGGAAGUGGAAGAAGAACGGGCACGCCGUUGUCGCUUGGAGUCCCAAUCGAAGCAAACUCAGACCAAACUCAAAAGGAGAUCUGAUGAAGUCGUGGCAUUGGCAAAGGAAUUGAAGAAGAAAGAAGACAGAUUCAAUGAAUCUCUGAUGGAAGAACGUCGCCUUCGAGAGGUAGCAGAGAAGCAACUAGCAUCUGCUUGUCUUCACAUCAACAACUCGGAGAAGGAACGAAAUGAAGAGAUGGAGGAGCUCUACCGACAAAACGAAGAGCUAAGGCAUACAGUAGAGCGAUUGGAAGCUUAUCUCCAGAAGAAAUUGGUGAAGGAGCGUAAAAACAACGCCCAGAUGCGCAGACGGAGUGGCGAAUCCCAGCAAGGGGUUAUCAACAAAAAACCAACCUGGACAUCAACUGUUUCAGAAAUCACCACUGACUUCGAAUAUAAUGAAUUGAACAACAGCCAGAUGGGUGAGAUCUAA